AAGGUGGGUGUGUGGGCUCCCACUGCCACAAAGGUGCUGGGUAGGAGGGCUUCCACAUAGGCCAGCAGGUCAUCGGAGAGGCAGUCCAGGUACUCCUCCAGCUCAGCGUAGCUGUCCCUGAUGUAGAGUGCAGCACAGUGGAAGAGAUCCAGGAGGCCGAAGAUGGCAGCGGCUUGGUACAGGAGGAUGCAGUUGUCAGAGUUGAUGGAGUGGAUCAAGUACUUGGCCAAGGGCUUCACCUGCAGGAAGGCAGCACAUUCCACUGCCUGGAAGGUCUCCUCGCUGCCAAGGAUGGGCCUCUCGCCCGCCAGCACCCGCAGCAUGGCGAGGAAGCCGGCUGCGCUCAGCUCCCCCAGCCCGAUCUCCUCCUGCGUGCUCUCCCUCAUGCCCGAGCGGAAGAGGGCACGGAAGUACUCACUGCUCUCCACCAGCAAGGACUUCUCCACCGAGAAUGACUGCUCCUCCACCCGGAUACGCACCCGCUCCGGGGGUCCUGCCUGGGAGCCUUCCUCCUCUGGGGUCAUCCUCGCCUGGGAGCCCCUCUGUGCCUGCCCCUGCACAGCCCCCUCCGGCCUUCUCCACCUUUUGAUGCCUUUGCUGCACUGCCCGGCGGCCUUGUAAUAUAAAUACCUUGGGCUAAAGAUAGCUGAGCUCGUGACCGGGGCCCUACAAAGGCAUCCACCAGGCUCGGCUGCCCCCCCAAGCUCAGGCAGGGUUCCAGUGUCACCAGCCAGCACUGGGCACGGCAGAGGUGCCUGGAUCAUUCCAUGGAGUGUGCCCAGCCACUCAGGAGAAACUGGAUUUUGCUCUCUCCACUCUCAGGCAUCCUCCUUUAUGAUGCCCUACGGAACAGUCCCCAACCUGGGGAGGGCAACACACUGGCAUGGCUGGGAAGAACAUCUGGCCACACUAUUUUUUUUUUCCUUUAAAACGUGGAGUUUACAGCCCAGGGAGGUAAACAGCAUCAGCAAAUCUCAUUGCCACCCAGCUCAGCCAUGGAAAAGGGGCUUGGCUGUUCCUCAAGUGUUGCCAUGGGCAGGGAGAGACCUUCCUUUGUGACCCUCUCCAUGGCAGCAGCAUCUGCAAUAUCCAUCCCAGCUAAAAGGAGCCAUAAGCCAGCCUGUGCUUCACCUGGGGAUCUCAUGGUGAGAAAAAGGAAAUGCAGCAGCCUCUUCUCACCAUAAAACUUCCCCUCUGGCCUCAGGGCUUGCCCAGCUCCCCAUAAUACCUGGCUGUGUGAAGAGAUAAGCCCCUGUUUACUGACACAGAGCUUGACAGUGAGCAAAAGUGUUAUUUGUGGCACAUCACUUGUUUGUGUGCUAAUCACAGAUUUUUCUGGCUAGAAAUCCCAUUUCAGCUCCACCGUGGGGUGCCAAGGAAGGCUGACAACAGGGCUCACUUGGGGGCUCCUUCCUGGAUCUCCCCAUCACUACCUGUGAUUAGUUUGCAGCUGGUGUUUUGUUUUGAUGAAUAAUUUAACCUGAGCAGCUCAUCCUGUUGAAGGUCUAUUUUUUGCUCCUUCCUUAACCCCUUCAUCCCAGCAGCUGGGAACUUCUCAGGCAGUGCAUGAUGGCAAAGCUUUUGCCUCAGGAUUAUGGCCACAGCAAGUUCCCCCAAAAAUCCGAGUUAGGGGAGAAUGGGAAAGUUUUGCACUUGCACCACUGUCACUGAUCCUCAGCUUAAAAUACCGUGUUUAGUUCCAAUUGCUUUUAAGCACCCUCGACCUGUGACCAAAGGGGGUCUAGGGUAAAAGCUCCUCAGAGGGGCUCUGCUUCCCACAGGGGACUUAUCCCUGUGAUCCCAUCCUCCCCAUCCCUGGGGCUUGCAGGGACUUCCACACUCCCAGACUAUUUUGGGAGGGUUUAAAAAUAUCCUGCCUGUAUUAACGGGCAAUAUUCCCAAGGGCGCAGCAGCCCCGCAUGGCCGCGGAGCAGCCUCGUCCCCCAGCCUCGGCUCUGCUCCCCCCGCAGCCCCUCGGGGCCGGCCCAGGGCCGCAUCCUGUGGUCCCGGGCACCGAGCCCUCUCCCAAAUGCCUGUGAUCACCAUGACAACGCUGACUUCAGCCUCCGCCACCUACUCGGGCUCAGAGCCGCUGGGUGCCGGCUGAUGGAUUGGUACGGGCACCGGACCGAGGAUGUCCUCGAUGUUCGGCAAGCCCCGAGCCAGCAGCGAGCGGCCGCCGCAGAGUCCCCUCCCCGAGUGCAACGUGGCCAUCCUGGGGUGCAGAGGGGCCGGCAAGUCAGCUCUCACCGUGAAGUUUCUAACCAAGAGGUUCAUCAGUGAAUAUGAUCCCAACUUGGAGGACACCUACUCCUCGGAGGAGCUGGUGGACCAGCAGCCUGUGCUCUUGAAGGUGAUGGACACUGCUGACCAGGAUGGCCCUGGGAACUGCGAGCGCUACCUGUGCUGGGCCAGCGCCUUCCUGGUUGUCUACAGCAUCGACAACAGGAAGAGCUUCGAGGGCUGCCAGCGCUACCUCGAGGUGCUCGCGCUGCACGCGCGCGGCUGCCAGCGCCGCUGCCCCGUGCUCCUGCUGGGAAACAAGCUGGACAUGGAGCAGUACAGGUACCGGGCAUGCGGCAGGUGCUCUCAGCAGAAGGGAUGUCCCUGGCCAGCAGGUUCGGGUGCCUCUUCCACGAGGUGUCGGCGUGCCAGGACUUCGCGCGGGUGCAGCACGUCUUCCACGAGGCCGUGCGGGAGGUGCGGCGCCAGGCGGAGGGGAACCUGCCCCUCUUCAUCUCCGAGGAGCGGCCCUGCCCGCCCGUGGCCACGCCGGUGGCCCUGCCCACCCACCACAGCUUGGCCACCUGCACCUUCAACACCCUCUCCCCCGUCAGCUACAAGGAGAUCCCCUCAGUGGCCCAGGCCAAGCUGGUCACCGUCAAGUCCUCGCGGGCUCAGAGCAAAAGGAAGGCUCCCACGCUCACCUUGCUGAAAGGCUUCAAGAUAUUUUAGGACACAUCCCUGUGGGCUGCAGAGAGGGAGGAGAGAGACCCUCAUCCAUCCCCCCAGCUCCACAGGAGCUGGGACCUUCCAUGAUGGAUUGGCAGGCACUGCAGCAGCUGCUGGCAGAUGGUGGCCCUGCUCUCUGUGCCGGGGCAAAGCCAGCAGUGGCAACGUGGCGAGCAGGCAGAGUGCCAAGGGUCUGACAUGGGCUGUGGCACUGCUCUGCCUGCCCCUGUCCGGGGCUGCUGUGGUGUUUGCACCCUGUUCUGCCACUGCCACUGCGGCCAGCCCAGUUUUCUGUGAGGAUGCAGCAGCUCCCAGAGGAGGCAGAGCUGUGGAUAACGUUGGCAGGGGAAGGGCCAACCCCACGGCCACAGCCAGCUUGGACACCUGGCCCACAACUACAGGAGCCCAGAAUGGGGAACUAAUCAUUAAUCCAGCAUGGAGGCACCCAUCUCAUUCAUCCACAGGUCCCCAACUAAGCAAUAAGUAGGAGAAAUUUUUAUUAUUUUUUUUAAAUCCAGAUAAAAAAGGUGCAGAUACUGUUUCAGCUGCUUAAAGGCCUCAGGUGACCUGAAACUGAAAGCCACGCAUCAAGCUAAGUCACAGCAAAAUUGCUGCUUUUUUGCUCAACUUUUUACACUAUAGCAGCCCUUUCCAAAGGCUUUGCAAUGAGAUCAUCAAGGACAUGGUCUGCAAAGCCUGUGUUUAAAAGACUGAUGUAUUUCCAAUAAUGUCUUAAAUUAUUUCAUGGCUUCUAUGCGUGCCCAGUGAAGGACACAAAGGGAAUCCUGGAGCAGACCAGGCUCUACCUGUGCCCGAGUCAGCAUCAAGGGCUGGAUGUUUGGUUUCAGGUGCUCUAUCAGAUGAAGUGUUCUGCUUCUCCCUGGAGUUGCAGUUACUUUGCAGAGUAAAAUAUCCAUGUGUAUAUUUGUACAUAUAUACAAAUAUAUAUAUAUAUGACCUUACUGACAGAGAGAUGCAAUAUGGCAUUUUGAUCAACCACUUUGGAACGUAUUUUAAUAAAGAGGAUUCUGAAAAGAAUAAAAA